AUGAUAAACUCUGAACAGCCAAAAGAUUAUCGAAUUCCUGAUACACCAGAUGAUGGUAUCAGCGCACUGGCGUUCUCGCCGGUUGCAGACUAUCUUGCUGUUUCUUCAUGGGAUACUUCCGUGAGAAUAUAUGAAAUAAAUGCUGCGGCCGGAGCUGCAUACGGCAAAGCAUUAUACAGGCAUGAAGGUGCUGUUUUAUGCUGUGCAUGGAGUAAAGAUGGAUCUAAACUCGUUUCGGGCGGCACGGAUAAGGCUGGUCGACUGUUUGAUUUAACUACACAACAGUCUAUGCAAAUCGCCCAACACGAAGCUCCUAUAAAAACUAUCAAAUGGGUAGAUAAUCAACCAAAUAAUCUGGUCUGCACCGGAAGCUGGGACAAAACCGUCAAGUAUUGGGAUACUCGAACCCCGACUCCCGUAUUGAGCGUCGAUGUACCCGAAAGGGUUUACACGAUGGAUCUAAUCUCUCCUCUAUUGGUUAUUGGCACUGCCGAAAGGCACGUUGUCAUAUACAAUAUAGCGAAUCCAAAUACACCAUAUAAGACGCAACCCAGUCCUUUGAAAUAUCAAACUAGAGUCGUUUCUUGCUUUAUAAACGCAACUGGGUAUGCAAUCGGAAGCAUCGAAGGAAGAGUCGGGAUCCAAUAUCUCGAGGAAAAAGACGGGCAGUCGAGUUUCUCGUUCAAAUGCCACCGAGAUGGUAAUAAUGUAUAUGCGGUAAAUGCAAUAUCAUUCCAUCCGUUGCACGGCACGUUUUCAACUGCCGGAAGCGAUGGCACGUUUAACUUUUGGGAUAAAGAUUCUAAGCAGAGACUCAAAGGCUUCUCCAAUGUUGGAAGUCCUAUAUCUGCUACGACUUUUAAUAGAAAUGGCACAUUCUUUGCUUAUGCCGCAAGUUACGAUUGGAGUAAGGGAUAUCAAUCAUUCCAACAGACCCAAAAUAUCGUAUAUCUGCACGCUGUAAAAGAGGAGGAUGUUAAACCCAGACCAGCAAAGAAGAGAUGA